GCUCUGGUGCUGAUUUGCAGAGGGUCGGGAGCUAGUGAAAGAGCAUUUGGGAAGUAUAGUAUUAAUAGCAUUGUUACAGAAUCGUGUGAAGAGUAAAGCCACCGACAUCAUGAGACACGAAGCACCAAUGCAGAUGGCGGCUGCUCAAGAUACAAAAUUUAGCCAGAAGGAGUCAUCUGAUCAGAACUUUGAUUACAUGUUCAAACUGUUAAUUAUUGGCAAUAGCAGCGUAGGAAAAACAUCGUUUCUUUUCCGUUAUGCUGACGACGCCUUUACUUCUGCGUUUGUAAGCACCGUCGGCAUCGAUUUCAAAGUCAAAACUGUCUACAAGAACGAAAAAAGAAUUAAACUACAAAUAUGGGACACAGCAGGUCAAGAGAGGUACCGAACUAUUACAACAGCAUACUACCGGGGCGCAAUGGGAUUUCUUUUAAUGUACGACAUAACCAAUGAAGAGUCCUUCAAUGCUGUACAGGACUGGUCAACCCAGAUCAAAACCUACUCAUGGGACAAUGCACAGGUGAUACUGGCUGGUAACAAAUGUGACAUGGAAGAUGAAAGAGUAAUCUCCGCUGAGAGGGGCAAGCAGUUGGCAGAACAGCUUGGAUUUGAAUUCUUUGAAACUAGUGCAAAGGACAACAUAAACGUUAAACAGACAUUUGAGCAGCUUGUGGACAUCAUCUGUGACAGGAUGUCAGAGAGUUUAGAAACCAACCCUGCUGCCACUGCUGGGAAACCGAACACAAAGCUAACAGAAAACCCUCCUCCGCUACAAGAACCCAACUGUGGCUGUUAAUAACUGCGAGCAUCUCAGAGGCAGUCGUAAUGUGUGCUGUGGCCAAUAUAUGAAAAUCCUUAGAUUUUAGUUUUUGAAACUAUCAUUUAUCCAUAUCUUAAUAAAUGAUAAUGAAAAAAAAAGUUGUGUUUUUGCUGUUAUGUACGCAGUACUGUUCUCUGGAAAUUUCUUGUUUUAGUGCACUUAAUGGAGCAAUCAACAAAACUACGCAAGCUGAUUGUACAUACACUAAGAAGUAGUUUUCAGUGGUAAUAUGUUGAUUUAUAACAAAAUCAUAUAUUUGUUCAUUGUUUUGACUAUGACAUCAGUAAAUAGGUAGACUACCAAAUUAUUUACCAGUUGGUGACCUUUGUCACUUACAGGCACUGGUAAGUUUCAAAGCAAAGUCAAUAUAGAUAAGUUUAAUACAUUUAGGUUACUUCAUUAACGUUCAUGGAAUACUGUAGUGGGUUGUUUAAGGCCAUCCUUAUGAGUGAACUAAACACAGCGCUUCAUGUAAGUAUUCUCUUUAUAUGUCAAUAUAUGGGACAGACAUUAUUUUUUUAAGCCUAAAUUAAACGGCUCACUUUGAGAAAUUAUUUUCCUUAUGUAAAGCCACAUACGCUCAGAGAUGUUGGGACCAUUUUGUCGUAGGAUAUGAAAGAAUGCAAGAUAGAUUCCAAAUGAGAACCGAAAAAGGUUGUUCACUCUGUAGCGCUAAAUGUGAAAAAGUUCUAUAAGGCUAGAUCUUGAAACAAACACGUGUG